AUGCUGAGUCGCACUGGCCUUGCUCUGGCCAGGAAGACCAAUGUCAGUCGAAUAGCAAGUCGCAACGUGUCAGCAAGCAUCAGUGCUGUUGCCCAAGUGGACCCGCGGCGGAGCUCAGGCACGAAUCCUGCACUCUCAUUUCCCUGCGUCGACCGCAACGAAUCGGUGACAGAGUCUAUCAGACGUCAGAGGACGGAACGUGUUACGCCUCUCAUAGACAAUCCCGAGCCUGCGAGUGCACCGCCGGAUGAUCAGGGUCCUGAGCCAGCCUAUACAAACACAGUCUCUGGCUUCAAGCUCUUCAGAUAUGAGCAUCCCUUCGAAUUGGACUACGGUGGCUUGCUGCCCGAAUUUGAGAUCGCCUAUGAGACCUGGGGCAACCUCAACGCGGACAAAUCGAACGCUGUUCUCAUACAUACCGGACUGUCUGCAAGUUCUCAUGCACGCUCAUCGCCUGAUAAUCCGGCCACGGGCUGGUGGGAGAAGUUCAUCGGACCUGGCCGACCGAUAGAUACCAAUGAUCAUUUCGUCAUCUGUACGAACGUCAUCGGUGGAUGCUAUGGCUCGACGGGACCAUCAAGUCUCGAUCCAUCCGACGGUCACCCCUAUGCCACGCGAUUUCCAAUCCUGUCUAUCUUCGAUAUGGUCAGAGCUCAAUUCAAGCUGCUCGACCAUCUCGGCAUACAGAAGCUCUUUGCGAGUGUAGGCAGUAGCAUGGGCGGUAUGCAGAGCAUCGCCGCCGCACACCUCGAGCCCGAACGAGUCGGCCGCGUUGCCUCGAUCAGCGGUACGGCCAGAAGCAGCCCAGCAAGCAUUGCCCUGCGGUAUGCACAACGAUCAGUGCUCAUGUCAGAUCCUAACUGGAAUCGCGGCUUCUACUAUGAUGGCCUACCACCACAUACCGGCAUGAAGCUGGCGAGACAGAUUGCGACGAUAACCUACCGAUCCGGGCCCGAAUGGGAGCAACGCUUUGCACGCAGGCGGCGUUUGGUCGGCAACGAGGUCGCAGCUCCUGCACUUUGUCCCGACUUCCUCAUAGAGACCUACUUAGAUCACCAAGGGGAACAGUUCCGACAAAAGUAUGACGCAAAUUCGCUCAUCUAUAUCUCAAAGGCGAUGGAUCUUUUUGAUAUGUCGCAGGACUCCCUGGACGAACUCGCCGCAAGUCGGAACAAGCUUGCCGAUCUCAGCAAGACGCAGCCUGAAGCUUGCGCGAUCGAACAAACGCCUCGGAAGAAACAGAGCGAAAAUGUCCACAUCUCCUCGCUUCCCUCCUCGCUCAAUCCCUACCUUGGCUCACUCACACGAGGAUUGAAGAAUCUCGCAAACACGCCAACGCUGAUUUUGGGUGUUCAGAGCGAUGUGCUCUUCCCGAUUGAGCAACAGCGUGAGCUCGCCGAGGCAUUGCGCAUGAAUGGCAAUCGGCAGGUGACUUACUAUGAGAGUACAGCACCAACAGGCCAUGACACGUUCUUGCUCGACUUGCCAUCGGUGGGCGGUGCGAUACGUGGCUUCCUCUCGAUGUGA